GUCAAAUAUCUAUCACCAGAAGGCACUCAUUAUCCUCACUGCGUCUUUUCUUCUACUUCUUCUACUGCCACUCUUCCACAGACGGAGUGCUCAAAUUCGCUUCGAUCUUGCAAUUUCAUUGGCCAAAAAAUGCCUCGAAAUAGACGUAUUCCGGUGAAUGGCUUUAAAUUGUUCAUGGAGCGCCAUGGAGACCAGCUGAUUAAGGAUAUUCUCGAAUUCCCGAUGAAGGUGGUGCUUGCUCCGGUCAAGCUUUCCAUCGACAUCGCUGGCUCCGCCCCUCGCGGUUUUGGCAUCCCGGAAUUCAUGUCCAAAAUAUCUCUCUCUGCCGUUUUUGCCAUUGCUACGUUUGGUACUUAUAAUAUUGCGUUGGACCUGGGGAAGAAGGUUUUGUGCCAGAGGGAUUGUCGGACAUGCAGUGGAUGGCAGGCCAUGCAAUGCACAAUGUGCAGAGGCUCAGGACAGGUGCAGUACCAGGUGAAAAAUUAUGCUUUGAGAAGUGGAGAGAAGGCAACCACUUCAAACAUUGCUGAUGCAAUUGCUGAAAACCGAGCUGAGAUAGUCCACCUUCCUUCAAGUCUUGACCUUCAUGUACCUUUGCCAUCUAAACAAUGCCCAGACUGUGAUGGAUCAGGGGUGAUGAGAUGUCCUGAAUGCAAAGGAAAGUUUCCUUUUAGGAUAUCUGCAGAUGAUAUAAUGGAGCCUCCUUGGAAAGCUCUUAACAUCAUGCGUCAAAUGGACUAUCCUUACGAGCAUGUAGUUCACAGCAUGAAGGACCCAAGCAUUGCUGCAUUUUGGUUGAUAACCUUCCCCCAGAUAGUGGGAGGUGUUGAUUACGAUGAUGAAGUGAAGCAGAAAAUUUGGUGGCAAUACAAGGAAAAUAUGCGGUAUGACCAUCUACGCGAUGAAGUUGCCCAGCGGAAGCCUGGGUGGGAGUAUCUGCAACAGGCUUUAAUCUCCAUUGACCCUGACCGUGCCCGGGAUGAUCCCGUCAUUGUGAAAAACAUUCCGUUUUACAGGGCCAAGAAAACUUUGGAGGCUGAAGUAAUGAAGCUUAAUCCUCCUCCAAGGCCUCAAAAUUGGGGGGACUUGGAUCUUCCAAUUGAUGAAGCUUCUUGGAACAAGGAAGACCUUAAAGAUCCAAAGAAGCUUCAUGAGAUGACAAUUCUUCUUAAUGCGCAAAGAGAAAUUGCUGACAAAAUUUUGGACGCACAGUGGGAAACAAAAUGGCGCGAAGAGAAGUUAAAUGAGAUGCUGAAAGAGACAGUGGAACCCUACUUGCAAAACAUCAACAAUGUCCUCCCUCAGCCUAUUGUAUCGCCAACACCAUCCUGGAAUAAUCACGACCAUAAGAAAAAUGAGCGCGGCUGGCGAUGGUGGCCGUUCUAAUUGGACAUUCUCAACAAAACCGUGUAUAAUUUCCUUUGCAUAAUCACCUUUAAGCACUUUUUAAAUUCUUCUAGUAGUCAGCCAAUUUUCUACCAUAUGCCCAGUUUUUGUUUGAGAGUUUACUUGUAUUCUUCUGUUGUGCUCAAAAACUUUCAACACAUUGAUGCCAUAUAAUAUUUGUUGCUGCCCUAUUAUGUUCGCGGCUCACAGUACAUAAAAAAAGUGACAGAAAUAACAAGAAUUACACACAAUAAGGGGGGG